CGUUUCGGACUUCUCAGCUGUUUCAGCCAAGCGUUUCGGCCAAGCAUCAGCGAUCUCUCCGCGUCAACAUCGUGCGCUUUGCUGGACUCUGCGAGUUGGGAGGAUUGGCCCAGGAACGACAUUCUCGGACUGCCCUAUUCCAGUACACCUUCUUGACUCGGUCGGUUGGUGAUGGAGGCUGACGGCCGCAGCCGCAUCCCGAGCCUUCUGAGGCGCAGUGCCUCCGUGCGAGUUCGGGGGGAGCGGCAUCCCAACGGGUGCUGCCCGUCUGCCGAUGGGGACUCGGUGGGAAGCACGGCCAGCCUGGUGUCCUGUGGCUCGGCCACUGCCCAACCAGCUUCCUCGCAGCAGGCAGCUCCAGUGGAGACUGCAGUGUCGUGUCACCGGCGAGGCAGUUGCCGUUCAGUGCUACACUGCCAGCGGCCAGUGGACACCGACACUUACCUGACACCCACGCAACGCAAGGACCGUGAGCUGCGACAGUUGCGUGCUGCCUUGGCACGAGCCACCACAGAAGCUCGCUUGCGUGACGAACGUUUGCGUGAACUUACAGCACAGCUACAGUCUCUGCAAACUUCACAGGUGGCACUGAGUCAUGCUCAAGCAAAUGAUUCGCUGCAGGACUCGUCGGUCGGGGGUUCUGCCGCGGAAGAGCGUGCUGCAGAGGGUGUCUCACUGGGUGACAGCGGUGUGAGCAGUGACGUGCUGCCCUCGCACCCCGAGAGUGUGCUAGAGGAAGAGGACGGCAGUGGAGCACAGGGAGAAGCAGCCUCUGGGUUGCCCGAGAGAGCUGCGAGCGGAGACUCGGAGGACUCGACCGAGUCGCUCCCCGAGGAACGGCGCCAUUCUUCGGAGACGCUGCGCCGCAAGUACCGACAGCUGAAGCAUCGUUACGAGCAGCGCACCGAAAGCCUGUUGCAGAUGCUGGGAGACCUGAAUGCCAACAUUGCGGAGAGACAGCCAUGCGAGCCACCACCAGGCCCGUCUUCCAGGCAGGCAGAUGCGCUCUGGCAGCACGUGUCCACAUGCCAGUCGACAUGCAUCACCAGGUACCUGGAGCUUCGGCCAGCAUACGAGAGCACUCAGGAGCGCCUGCGCCACUUGGAGCGGGAGCUGUCUGAGGCACGGGCCGAAAUUGAAAAGCAAGAGCGCUGGCACAGCGAGAUGUACCUCAAGAUGUACAGGAAGGGCCAGGAAGCAGCACAGUUUGAGCGAAGCGAGGAAGUGCAGCCCAGUCCGUCAACACUGCCAUCCUUCCGGGGCGCACCCAGCACAGAGCGGCAGGCCGAGUACACCCUGCGCUUCCUCAAGGAUGCCGUGUUCUACUUCCUGACGGACCGGUCCGACUGCCGGGGACACCUGAGCGCCAUCCAGUCCAUCCUGGGCUUCUCGGAGGCCGAGCGCGCAGCCGUGGCCAAGGCGUGGCGGCACAGGGGCCGUCUCUAAACACUGUGCCGCCAAGGUGCGUCCUUGCAAACGAUUAGAAGUGUAACGGGUGCUGUUGUCUGAACGUGUUCCAGCCACAUUCUGGUGCUCCAGCACUUUCGCACCUCUCCUAUUACAGUUUAUUAGGAAGAGGUCCCUGAUGGGCAUGUGUGAUGCUCGAAUGAUUCCUGACCCUUAUCAAAAUGUUGACUCCAGGUACACUGCUUGUUUGACAACCUCUCAUCACACAUUCAUCGAAAGAGUUGCACGAGAAGCAGUGACAGCGGUCGGGAAUCCUUGAAACGGGAGGCUGCAUUUAAAAUUAAAUGGCAGCUAUUGGUCACACACAACCUGACCAAUCACGUUUUGCAUUGCACUUUGCCACCGAAAGCACGAAGACUCUCUAGACAGGCUCUUAAUUUAGAAUGCCCUUGAAAUAUACCAAAGAGUUUUUUCUUACAAUUGGUGACGAGCUGCUGCAGUUCAAUCAUCACUGUGGUCAGUAUUUUUAUUUCUUUCUUUUUUCCCCGUGAAGGGCUGCCUUGCAGCAUAAUUUGAAAAUAUGAAUGGCAACUCUGUGACAACUCUAUUAAUAUUCUGUGAUUAUAGAUGUAUCUUGACCCUACUUUGUGAAGUCAUCGUGUAGGUCACUGUGGAUGCCAGACCGUGCAUCAGAGUAAUGCUGGUACUGCAUACAAUGCGAGUUUCCUGUCUCUUGCUAUAGUACUGUAAUGUUGUUCGAGGUAGCCACUGUGGGAGAGCCACAUUCCAUCAAGAAUUGAGCCCUUUUGUUGUCGGUACUACUCACACGCAAGCCUAUCAAGUUGAACAAGCUAUGUCACCAAAGGCAAUGUUUUGAUGAAAAGAUGACAGCUUUCUUUUUUUUCUGCCUGUUUAACAUUUGGCUGCAUGAAGUGGUAGUUGCAAUGCUUGAUUUAUUUCUUGUUUUGAAAGUCCCCCGUCUGCUAUGUGACGUUGUUAUAUUCCGAAGAGUGGUCAGUGUAUAGCUGUUAAUUUAUUACGGGCAAGGCUAAUCUUUUUCAUAGCCUGCAUCUUCUGGCAAGCCGUCUCCAGUUGAGGAUACUAAAGGCAUUUAGAUUUCGUGCAGCAACUCUGCAAAUGAAGUCUGAUGUCUGAAGUGUUCUUCUACCCUUGUUGUAACGACAGAAAUUAGAAUGCACAGAGCCGCCGCAUUUGACAACUGACAGCUACACUUCCCAGAUUAGGUUUAGUGUUUCCAUUUCCACAGCUGUACCUCUACGGCUCAUAAUGUCACAGAAUGUGUGUAUGUUUAAUGGUAAACAUAAGAAAAUAGCAGAAAUAAGGUGAAACAUCUUAAGGGCACCUCCCUAGCACCUUUGCAAAUGUAGAUUACACACUGAAAGUCGGGAGGCACCACCUAAGGAGACCUUUACCAAAAUAAGUUUUCAGACUGGUUCAUUAGGUUGGAAUGUUAUGGCGUGUUAUUGGACUUGUUAUCAUGCCUCUGAGUGGCUCGGUUCACUGCAAGAGUGGACGCUCUCGUCUUUUGCCUCGGCUAGGGUCUACAAGGGGCAAAGCCUCCUGUGUCCUUCCAACUGCUGAUGAGGAAGGAACACAUCAUGUUCGUGUGACAAGAUUCUUUUCUUUUUUUCCUUCUCUUUCUGUUUUGCUUCGUGUUGCAUUCUCAGUGCUAACAUUGGAUGAAGAGGUGAAUCCAUGAGCCAUGGUCAGUGACAUUCCAAGUAGCAUCUUUUAGGUAGGCAUGCAUUAUGACUUCUCUCGCCAAGUGCAUCUCCCACGAAAGGGAGCAUGUGCAGCCUUCUGUUUUACAUUCAGAGCAUUUUCUCGCCAUGCAGGCCUGUCAUAAUUUGCUGGCACGAUAGCUUCUGACUGACCUACACGCCAUGUUUGUUUGUUUUCAAUGCUCAAAACUGGUGAGGAGUGCUACACUGAUUACACGGGGUAUGCAUUCAACGUGCACGAAUUACAAGACGUUUUUACCCGAAUGUUUUCUGUUCCCCACUCGCUUACACCUGCUCCACUCGAGCAUUUGUACGAGGCAAGAAUUUUUUUAGCUGAGGAUUAGACGCUCAUGGCAGGUUUUGUCUAGUCUGCCACCUGGUGGUAGAGGAUGAGACUAUGUACAUCAAGGAGUGUGUAGAAUAUUGAAGUUUGUCAGUGUCUAAGCCGUUUAUUUUUAAAAUUUUUACAAGUUUUGCAGCAAAUGACAUCAAAGAUGGCAUUUUUUUUAGCUUCUUCUAAACAUUGGUGCAUUGCCAUGCGAAGCUGCGAGGUUGCUCUGUACCCAAGUUGUGAUGUUCACAAACGCGCUAUUGGUGCUGAGUCCUUACCCUAAUCUCGAUUCCUUGGGCAUUGUGUGUCAGAGAAGCAAAGCAUCUCUCGAGCAAACUAGCAGAACAGCAGCCUGCUCUGUUUGGCCAGCUGUCUGGUAGAGCUGGUCUGUUCACACCAAGCUUAGUGUUCAGCAUGUGCACCCUGGCAGAGGUGAGCAGGCCGUACGAAAUACUCUGCUCAGACGUUCUAUAUAUCAAAUCUCUUUGCUUGUUCAAAUGUUCUAGCUGAAAGUGGCUCUGUUAACAUAUCACCAUGAUGGCUGAAGGAAAAACAUAGUUUAAACCUCAUUUUUUCAGCUUAGCUUCUAGCAAGUUUUAUACGUGCAACAAAACGGGGGUGUAAGAACAUCGCGUGUGAAAAAAAAAACUUUAAAAACAAAUUCAUUGAAUGCAUCUGCAGUGUACCGCAUUCCUUCGUUGUAAAAACUGCUUCACUGUUUCCCAACACAAGAAACAAAGACAACAGAGACACUUACAGUGAUGAAUCAGUGUCGUGUGUGUUCCUUUCGUUCUUUUGUUCGUUGCGCUGGGAGACACCAAAUAUGGUGCUCCAACUAGCCUCUUGCUCGACCUUGGUAAAAGCUACCAGGAGAUGCACAAGUGAUAGGUUUCAGGAGCACAGUAGCAAAGUUAAGAAUGCUGUGGGGAAAUGUUGUGAGCAGGAGUGAAUAGCAGAACGUGGGGUUUUGUUAUGCAAAUAAAAACGUAGCAGCAUUUGGUGAUGCAUGCAUCAAUAAUUUAUCCAUUUCAUUAUCAACGAAGAAGCUACUACAGUGAAACCUUGAUGUGGCAAACUUCAAUAUAAUGAAAUUCUCAAUAUUACAAAGUAUUUAACUUCCGGUUCUUCGUGUAUGUGGAAAAUUGUGUAUUUUUAACAUCCGUAUGACAAAGCACGUUUAUCAGCAAUUUCACUGCAGCAGCUCCUGGUAAUUGAACCUUGAAGGAAGCGAUGAAAUUGUUCUAAUUAUCUGGCGGGUAAAAUCAAGCAGGUGGCGGCACAGACGGUAAAGUGUACCUCUUAGUUAUAAGGCAGCAUUUCACCCAAUUGCAACACUUCUUGGAAUCCUAGACACACAUAUUUUUUUAUAUGUCGAAAGUAGAAAAUGAACUUUAGAAUGACAUUGUAAUGACUAAACUAUGUAUAAAUGAAAUGCCCACACAUUUUUCUUAGCAAGAAAGAGAAGACACCACAUAUUCGAUGCAGGUAUUUAGAAGAGGACAAAACCAGUGAACCUUAUCUUCGGUUGUCCUCAGUAUUAGGCAGCACUUCGUCGCCAUGAAAAAUAAGAUAUGUUGUCCUCUUUACGUUUGAUAACAUGUUUAAUGCCCUGCAUUGAUCGACCGACUCAACAAUGCCAAACGAGACGAUGGCUCACACAAGAUUGACCACUCUACUAGUUCACCCUGUAGUACAUGCAAAUAUCUAUAAUGUCGACAACAUGUGAUGCAACUUGUUGCUGCUAGCUGAACAGAUGACUUAUGAUUUGAAAGUGCACUCGUAAUCAGAGUGAAAGUGGCGAUUGUGUUGCGCAAGUUGCCAUCCACAGUGGUUGCCAUCUUGUGAUGGUGGUGAGGCUGCUGGAUCUAACUAUAUAUUAUUGCAAAUACUCUUUUGGUUUCAUGUUACGCUGCAUCACUCAAAGGAUUUUCAGCCGGGCUUUCUUGAAAAUAAAAGCGUAAGAAUUUGUUAAAUGGUGUUUUCAAUAUGGGACCACCCUUUUCGUGUUAAAACAUCCCAGGGGCAGGUCGAAAACAGGCUACUUCGACAGGAGACGACCUUUGUCUGGUGCAUUCACUGUUUCCCAUACGCCACGAAGUCAGGUGCAGCUUUUAAUACGAUCGCCAUUACGUUCACAGGAGCAUCACCGGCCAAGCUCUGUUUCUCUGGUGAGGGCUAAUUUCGGGAUCAAUAUAAUGAAAAUUUGGUGCCAUAUAAAUGCAUGAACCAGCCAGGACUUUUGAUCGAGCUUGAAUUUACUGGAGCUUAGUUAACAACAGUCUACUUUAUAAGGAAGCUUUGCUGCUGUUGGAAAGGAAGACCGAAGCAAUAAACUGAAACUUCUGCUGGUUUUAGUGGUCAAAUGAUUGAGCUGCAUGUAUUUUUUGGAUAUAUAUACAUUCAUUUAUUUAUUUAGUUAGUCAUACUCUUAAGCUUAUGGCGAGGGUCGUUACAAGGAGGGUACAGUGAAUGGAAUUUACAUAAUACAUACAUUUCAUAAUGGUGAACUAAAGUGUGACAGCGUUAUCUUGAAAGUGAUUGUGACGCCUCAGGAAUGAAUGGUAGUGGUGGUUUGACAUUACUAGUGAAAAU